CCCGGAUGGUGAUUACACGUUGGAACCUGGUGAUCGCUGAUUAUUCAAUACAGUUCUCUCCCUUGUCAGCUCCAGCACACUUCUUUGUAUGGCUCUGAAUAGCAGAGCCAGUUGAAAGCACACACAGCAUACUGUGAAACAGCACACAGCACACAAUUAACCCUUUGAUCGCCCCACAUGUUAACCCCUCCUUGCCCAGUGCCAUUAGUACAGUGUCAGUACUUUUUAUUAGCACUGAUCACUGUAUUGGUGUCACUGGGGAUGUCAGUGACACCAAGUCAGUUCCCCCCCAGUGUCAGAAUGCCUGCCGCAGUCUCGCUAUAAGUCACUGA